AUGCAAGCGGCGCGAUGCCCGACAGACGAGCUGUCGCUGACCAACUGCGCCGUGGUGAGCGAGAAGGACCUGCAGUCCGGACAACAUGUGACUGUGAAGACCUCACCCAACCACAAGUUUGUGUUCACGGUCAAGAGCCACCACAGUGUCGUCCCUGGAACCAUUGCCUUUAGUCUGCCUCAGAGGAAGUGGGCUGGGCUGUCCAUUGGCCAGGAGGUAGAAGUUGUCAACUACAACUUCGACAAGUCCAAGCAGUGCAUCGGCGCCAUGACCAUCGAGAUCGACUUCCUGCAGAAGAAGAGCACCGACUCCUCCCCCUAUGACUCGGACAAGAUGGCUGCUGAGUUCAUUCAGCAGUUCAACAACCAGGCCUUCUCUGUCACACAGCAGAUGGUGUUCAGUUUCUGCGACAAGCUGUUUGGCCUGGUGGUAAAGGAUAUCGAGGCCAUGGACGCCAGCAUCCUGAAAGGGGAACCAGCCUCCGGAAAGAAACAGAAGAUCGACGUCGGGCUGAUGGUGGGAAACAGCCAGGUGAUCUUCGAGAAGGCGGAGAGCUCCUCUCUCACGCUGGUUGGCAAGGCCAAGACCAAGGAGGCCCGGCAGACCAUCAUCAACCCUGACUGGAACUUUGAGAAGAUGGGCAUCGGAGGUCUGGACAAGGAGUUCUCCGACAUCUUCCGCCGAGCCUUCGCCUCCCGCGUCUUCCCUCCGGAUAUCGUGGAGCAGAUGGGUUGUAAACACGUGAAGGGCAUCCUGCUGUUCGGCCCGCCGGGUUGUGGUAAGACUCUGAUGGCCAGACAGAUCGGUAAGAUGCUGAACGCCCGGGAGCCAAAGAUCGUCAACGGCCCCGAGAUCCUCAACAAGUACGUGGGCGAGUCUGAAGCCAACAUCAGGAAACUGUUUGCCGAGGCUGAAGAGGAGCAGAAGAGGCUGGGCGCCAACAGUGGUCUCCACAUCAUCAUCUUCGAUGAAUUGGACGCCAUUUGCAAGCAGAGAGGCACGGGCGCCAGCAGCACGGGCGUGCACGACACCGUGGUCAACCAGCUGCUGUCCAAGAUUGACGGCGUGGAGCAGCUCAACAACAUCCUGGUCAUCGGUAUGACCAACAGGCCUGAUCUGAUAGAUGAUGCCUUGAUGAGGCCUGGCAGGUUUGAAGUCAAGAUGGAAAUCGGUCUCCCCGAUGAGAAGGGCCGGGUCCAGAUCCUCACCAUCCACACCAACAAGAUGAGAGGCUUUGGCCUGCUGGCGGGCGACGUCAACAUCAGCGAACUGGCGACCGAGACCAAAAACUACAGCGGCGCUGAGCUGGAGGGUCUGGUCAGGGCCGCUCAGUCCACCGCCAUGAACCGCCACAUCAAGGCUACGUCCACAGUGGAGGUGGACAUGGAGAGAGCAGAGAAGCUUCAGGUCAGCCGAGCCGACUUCAUGGGAUCCCUCAACAACGACAUCAAACCAGCAUUUGGUACAAACCAGGAGGACUACGCCAGCUACAUCAUGAACGGUAUCAUUAAGUGGGGCGACCCGGUGACCCACGUCCUGGACGACGGGGAGCUUCUGGUUCAGCAGACCAAGAACAGCGACCGCACACCGCUAGUGGCUGUGCUGCUGGAGGGUCCCCCCCACAGCGGGAAGACGGCCCUGGCAGCGAAGAUUUCGGAGGACUCUGAGUUCCCCUUCAUCAAGAUCUGCUCCCCGGACAAGAUGAUUGGACACUCUGAGAUCUCCAAGUGUCAGGCCAUCAAAAAGGUUUUCGAUGAUGCCUACAAGUCCCAGCUCAGCUGUGUGGUGGUGGAUGACAUCGAGCGUCUCUUGGACUAUGUCCCCAUCGGCCCUCGAUUCUCCAACUUGGUCCUCCAGGCUCUGCUGGUGCUGCUGAAGAAAGCCCCUCCAAAGGGCCGGAAGCUGUUGAUCAUCGGUACAACCAGCAGGAAGGACGUCCUCCAGGAGAUGGAGAUGUUAGACGCCUUCAGCACCACCAUCCACAUCCCCAACAUCUCUACUGGGGAGCAGCUGGUGGAUGCCCUGGAGCUGCUGGGGAGCUUCACGGAGAAGGAGCGGGCCAGCAUCGCCCAGCAGAUGAAGGGGAAGAGGGUGUGGAUUGGCAUCAAGAAGCUCCUCAUGCUCAUAGAGAUGUCGCUGCAGAUGGACCAGGAAUACAGGGUGACCAAGUUCUUGUCUCUGCUCAGGGACGAGGGGGCGUUGAACGAAGGCGAUCAGAUCCGCAUUUAAGCAGACCGCCAC